AAAAUGUCUGACAGAAUUAGAGGUCACAUGAACGCAGACCACCAGUUGGCCUUGAAGGAUUACCUUGUAGUGUAUGGAAACCUUUCACUUUCUGAGUUUGACGAAUCGUCUGUUCUAAUUACGGAUGUCACCGAAAAGUCGAUUACAAUUGGCUACGUGUCUACGAAAACAUCUAAUCCCGAAAGCUUCACAAUCAACUGGGACGAUGCUUCUGAGAAGGAAAACGUAACAGUUUCGGGUUUUGGUGAUAUUAAGAAUAAGUUAAUUGCCAUGGCUAAUUUCGCAGCUGAAAAACAGGGCUAUUCGUCGAAACAGAUUAAAAAAGCAUUGGGGCCAUCGAAGUUUGGAGAAUAUGUCAUGUAUGCGGCAUUCCUAUACUUGUUGGCAAAUGUCUACGACAAGAACCUUGUCAGACUGGUAUUUGCCAAGGAUGCCUUGUUCUCUGGCUACAUAGCUCCCUAUGUUCCAGCUCUUGUAGCCAAAGUCAGUGGCUUGAUCCAGGACCACGCCGGUUUGAUCUUAAGUAUCACAGAAAGUAUCCAUAUUUUAGAGAUCUUGUUGGUUACCGUUCCAAACAUCAAGAAGUACAGAGUUCCAUUGGUGCCUAGCUUGCAGUGGAUCUUCAUGCAUUUCAUCGAGGGUUUCUUUGUCAUCAAGAGAUGGAAGACAUUGACCAACUAGUAAAGCUGGUAUUUAGAUAGUAUGUGACUUUGAAUUAGAUAGUAUAAUAGUGAAGAAAAAUUAGAAAAGAUUUAUAACCAAUUGGAAAAGAGAAAAGCAC